GAGAAAUCUGGCCAUGCGUUUGUAAACAAUGUGAAGUUCGUUACACAAGGUUUGAAGGUUAUAGGUUUUGGAUUUACACAGCAACACAUUCAAUAUAAACGUUGGUCGUGUUCAGGGAUUUAUUUCAAGAAGUGAUUAACUUCAAGUUUUAUACUGGUGACGAGUCUACUGAAUGUUUUCUCGAUAUUGUAACAGGUCUGAUUGAAGAUGAAAACCAAAGAUAAAGAGCCAAGUCCUGGACCUGAGAUGCCUGUGGAAGAAGAAGAGUACUCAGUCGAAAAAGUCCUUGACAGGAGGAUUCGGAAUGGAAGAGUUGAGUUCCUUCUCAAAUGGAAAGGCUAUUCUGAUGAGGAGAAUACAUGGGAACCAGAAGAAAACCUGGACUGUCCCGACUUGAUUCUACAAUUCGAAGAAGUACAGAGAAGAGAAGCAGCCAAUAAAGAAGGAGAAACGAAGAAACGUAAAGCUACUAGUUCAACAUCACCUGGAUCUGAAAGAUCACCAUUUAAGAAACGAAUGAAUAUUGAGGAGGAAUACAAACCAAGAGGGUUUGAGCGAGGGUUGGAUCCCGAAAGAAUCAUAGGAGCUACUGAUUCCAGAGGAGAACUUAUGUUCCUGAUGAAGUGGAAAGGGACCGAUGAGGCUGAUCUGGUGUCGUCGAGUCAGGCAAAUGCUCGGUGCUCUGAAAUUGUAAUUCAGUUUUAUGAAGAAAGACUCACCUGGCACACAUCCAGUCUUGAUGAGGACGAGAAUGUGAAAGAUGGGCCUUACUGAAGACACUUAUAACACUGUCAAAUUUAUUGUUUCUCCAAUGUUUUAUGUGAUUUAAUGUUAAGUUGAAAAAGUUUAACUUUCCUUUGUAAAAGAUAAUGAAUUCCAUAUCUUUAUAAGCAGGGGCGACACAGGGUGCUGUUUAGAAAUGUUAAGAAUAUAAACAUGAAUUUUACUUUAUAAUUACAUUUAUAACGUUCCAACAAGUUAGUCAAAACGAAAAAUAUGAAAACCAAAUUAUAUUCAACAUUUUAUCGACAUAACUCUGUUUUAGUUAUUUAUAUGUGAUAAGUUAGUUAUAAUAGGGCUGUCCAGAAAGUAACAGAAGUUUUAAAAUAAAGAAUUAAUAAAGUUAAAGAAGACUUUUAUCAUAUAAAUUUAACAGCUACAUUUUUAGUCCAUUUUUCAACGCAAUUCCUUUCAAAUUUUUGAAGCUAGUUAUUAACCAAAAUUACACUCUCAUUGUCCAAUAAAACAGUUGCUGUAUACUUUCUGGCUGACAGAGUUUGGAAACUUUUUCUUUGUUUAUUAUUGUGUGUUUCUCAAUUCCGUAGACUGCCUUUUUGACUCAAAAUUAAAUGCUUUACCCAUAUUUACCACCAGUUACAAUAAAAUAGAGAAGUUAAUCACCUUUUUUACUCCAAGAUGGAGGCUCUAGCCCGCCCAGUUCUGAGCUAAUCCCGAACAUCCGUUACUUUCUGUACAAGCAUCUUAUAUUAUCAGACAAAAUGUUCAUUGAAAUUUACAAAAAAUAAGGAACGUACUAUUAAUACUAAUGUUUCACCGAAGCUUUUUAAGCCCUUUAGCCUCAUUUAAAAGUUUUUACCUAUAAAAUAUUAAAUUUUGCCAAGAGAUCAUAGUUUCUGGAAGAUGGACAUUUUUCCUCCUCCUGCUUCUUCGUCACUUGAAUGUUCAUUUUUAUUAAAUAUAAUACAAGUACAUAAUUUUUGUUUCCAUCAAAACAAUAUUAGUUUAAAUGUUUCACAUUUAAGAUUUGUUAUCAACUCUCAGUUUCUUAAUGUCAGUAAGCCGACUUGGUCGCACAGGCACUACUGAGGCAGGGCUGGUUAGACACAUAUUUGUGAAGGACAUAUUUCUCAAACACAUUCUACUUUCUAGAUGAUCCUUAUCUAAAAUAAAUGUAUCGUUUAUAUUUAGACCUCUACAUAAUGUUUUGUUUCAUUUGUGUGUUUAAAUGUUUAUUAAAUAAUUAUAGAAUAUUUACAUAAAA